UGUCACUGCCACUGCAGCCACUGGCACCGGCACCUCCGUGCUGAAGGAGGCACAGCGGCCACCGCCCCGGCAGGAACCCCGGCAGCCAGGCGCGGUGUGAGGCCAGGAGGCGGCCUGUGCGAUGGGCAGCACCAUGGAGCCCCCCGGGGGCGGGUACCUGCACCUGGGCGCAGUGGUGUCCCCCGUGGGCACAGCCCGGGUGCUGCAGCUGGCCUUCGGUUGCGCCACCUUCAGCCUGGUGGCGCACCGCGGCGGCUUUGCGGGCCUGCAGGGCACCUUUUGCAUGGCCGCCUGGGUCUUCUGCUUCGCCCUCUCGGGCCUGGUGGUGGCCUGCGAGGUCACCCGGCUGCACGGCUGCCUGCGCCUCUCCUGGGGCAACUUCACGGCCGCCUUCGCCAUGCUGGCCACGCUGCUGUCAGCCACGGCGGCCGUCCUCUACCCGCUGUACUUCGCCCGUCUGCAGUGCCCGCCCGAGCCCGCGGGCUGCGCCGCCCGGGACUUCCGUCUGGCCGCCAGCGUCUUCGCAGGGCUCCUGUUCCUGGCCUACGCGGCCGAGGUGGCCCUGACCCGGGCCCGGCCCGGCCAGGUGGCCAGCUACAUGGCCACGGUGUCUGGGCUCCUGAAGAUCGUCCAGGCCUUUGUGGCCUGCAUCAUCUUCGGGGCGCUGGUCCAGGACAGCGGCUACCGGCGCUACGCGGCCACCCAGUGGUGCGUGGCCGUCUACAGCCUGUGCUUCCUGGCCACGGUGGCCGUGGUGGCGCUGAGCGUCCUGGGCCACACGGGCGGCCCGGGCGGCCCCUUCGAGCGCUCUGUGGCCGUGUACACCUUCCUGGCUGUGCUCCUCUACCUCAGCGCCGCCGUCAUCUGGCCUGUCUUCUGCUUCGACCCCAAGUACGGCGAGCCCAGGCGGCCCCCCGACUGCCCCCGGGGCCGCUGCGCCUGGGACAGCCAGCUGGUGGUGGCCGCCUUCACCUACGUCAACCUGCUGCUCUACGUGGCCGACCUGGCCUACUCCCAGAGGAUCCGCUUCGUGCCCAGCCCGUAG